UGAGGCGUUGGCAACACUGAGAGAAGACGGGAAACCACGCUGGAAAGUAAGGACGACGAAGCGGUUGUAAGCCUACAUUUUGCCUACAGACAAUGGGCAGCCAGGUAUCUGUAGACAAUGUUCAUGUUGUGGUGGUUGGCGGGGGUUUCGGUGGCACCGCCGCCGCACAGCAGCUCAAAUCCAGGGGGAUACCAUUCACCCUCAUUGAUCUCCGUGACGCCUUUCAUCACAAUGUGGCUGCCCUCCGUGCCUCUGUUCAGAGUGGCUUUGCCCAGCAGACCUUCAUCCCAUAUUUGAAGACGUUUGGAGAGAAUUUCCUUCAGGGGCGAGUCGUAUGGGUGGACCCAGUGUCACAGAUUGUAGCGUUGGAUGGAGGAAAGGAAGUUCAUUACUCACACCUUAUACUGUGCACUGGCACAGACGGCCCUUUCCCGGGGAAGUACAACAUGGUGGCCUCCUAUCAGACAGCCAUCCAGAAGUAUGAGGACAUUGUGAAGGAGGUCCAGGCUGCAGGUUCAGUUCUUGUGGUAGGUGGUGGAUCCACUGGUGUAGAGAUGGCUGCAGAGAUCAAAACAGAAUAUCCAGACAAGAAGGUGAUCCUGAUCCAUUCCCAUGUUGGCCUAGCCGACCCAGAGCUGCUGCCCAGUGUCAGGCAACAGGCUAAGGAGGUUCUGCUGGAGAAAGGGGUGGAGCUGCUACUGGGGCAGAAAGUUUCUAACCUGUCUGUACUGGAGCUCAAUGUGACCAACAAGAACACGGUUAUCUUGACAGACAAGGAUACAGAGAUCACUGCAGACCUCGUCAUCUGCUGCACAGGCAUGAAGAUUAACUCUGAUGCCUAUAGCUCCACCCUGAAUGGAUGCCUAGCAGAGAAUGGGUCCCUGAAAGUGAAUGUGCACCUGCAGGUGGAGGGCUAUGACAAUGUGUACGCUGUUGGGGACUGUGCUAAUGUUAACGAGCCUAAGAUGGCGUACCAUGCAGGUCUCCACGCUGGGGUUGCUGUUGCCAACAUCACCAACAGUCUGAUGGGGAAGCACCUGGAAUCUUAUCACCCAGGGUGUGUGACCAUGUUGUUAGCCAUGGGCCAUGAUGAUGGAGUGGGCCAGUUCAAUGGGCUGAGGCUUCCCCGUUGCCUUGUAACCCAGGUCAAGAGCAAGAACCUACUGCUGUGGAAAAGCUGGAAGGAAAUGGGUCAGAAAGCUCCUUAACGUGUGCCAUACAGAACAUUGUGGAGCGAAGACAUGUGUGUGCCAGCACUGCCUUGAGUGCCUUACUCAGGUGAUAGCUUGCAGAAGUUUUGGCGUUCUGACAUGACUUGAUAUGAGACCAUAUAUUUGUAAAAUAUUUCUACGCAAUGUGAUGCAAACUUUGUACAAUGUCCAUUUUUGCCAAUGAAUGUUAAUGUAUGUCUUGAUUAAAAAUAUUUAAAAAAAA